CCAGAUUCUGGGACUUGUUUUUCCUUUUCUUUGUCAAAGCUGUUAUUUGUGGGCACAAGUUGGGCAGAUAAAAGCCAGUAGGGUACGUCUCGCUUGAAGUGUUCUGUGACAGGAUAACUUGGUCAUAGAACAGGACAUUUAGGGCCUGCCAAGAGCAAGACAAAUUCAUGCAACAGACAGGUUUUUGUUUAUAUGGCAAAAUGUCUUUGAAAAGGUUAGACACUGCAGGCUGGGCACAGUGGUUCAUGCCUAUAAUCUCAGUACUUUGGUAGGCUGAGGUGGGUGGAUCACUUGAGGUCAGGAGUUCGAGACCAGCCUGGCCAACAUGAUGAAACCUCCUAUCUACUAAAAAUACAAAACUUAGCCAGGCGUGGUGGUGCAUGUCUGUAGCCCCAGCUACUUGGGACACUGAGGCAGGAGAAUAGCUUGAACCUGGGAGGCAGAGGCUGCAGUGAGCUGAGAUGGCACCACUGUACUCCAGUCUAGGGGAUAGAAUGAGACUCUGUCUUUAAAAAAAAAUGGCUAGACCUCUCAUUUUCUGAUUCCUAUGUUCGUCUUGUUGAUGAUUUGUUGGGAAGUAAUAGUACAGAAUUACUUUUCCCCUCAUUUAUAUUCCUCUUUUAAGAGUGGGGCAAGAGACUCCUGUUUCACGAAUUCUUUAUAUUUCUCUUCUCAGAGUGGAGCAAGGGAUUCCUGUUUUAUGCAUGAAUUCUUUUUUCAUGAGAACCCAGAAUUUUUAAUUGUUUGUAGGGAAAAAUCCCCAACUUUAUUGUUAAUAGUUUUAAAGUACAUUGCAAGGUCCCUUGUUUCAUGAGGGUUACAGGCCGAAGAAGGAUUGCCUGAGUCCAGGAGUUCGAGACCAGACUGGGCAACACGGUGAAACCCCCAUCUCUUAUUUUUUUAAAAAAGCAAAUAAUGUAAUAAAGUAAUUAUGGGCUGGGCACAGUGGCUCACACCUGUAAUCCCAGCACUUUGUGAGGCUGAGGUGGGCAGAUCACAUGAAACCAGAAGCUCAAGAUCAGCCUGGCUAACACAGUGAAACCCCAUCUCUACUAAAAAUACUAAAAUUAGGCAGAUAUGGCAGUGUGUGCCUAUAGUCCUGGAUACUCAGGAGGCUGAGGCAGGAGAAUUGUUUGAAUCUGGGAGGCGGAGGUUGCGGUGAGCUAAGACUGUGCCAUUGUACUCCAGCCUGGGCAACAGAGCAAGACUGCCUCAAAAAACAAACAACAAAAAAAUAAUAAAAUAAUUAGAAACAUGUUUGUGUCUGGUUCAUUUUGCUCAAAAUUUUUGUAAAAUUAAUCCAUGUUUGUAUUAGUCGGCAAAUCUACCAUAGCAAAGUAUCAGACUUGGGUUGCUUAGACAACAAAAGUUAGUUUUAUCAUGGCUCUGUAGGCAAGAAGGCCAAGAUCAAGAUCUAUCAGGAUGGUUUCUGGUGAGGCUUCUCUUCCUGGCUUGCAGAUAGCUGCCUUCUUGCUGUGUCCUCAAAUGGCCUUUCCUUUCUGUGUGUGCAGAAAGAGAUUUCUGGUCUCUUCCUCCUAUAAGGACACCAGUCCUAUUGGAUUAGGGCCCCAUCCUUAUGACUUCAUUUAACCUUAAUUACUUUCUUCAGAGCCUUAUCUCCAAUUACAGUCACACUGGAGGUUAAGGCUUAAAGAUAUAAAUUUUGGGGGUUGGGUAGGGGUGACAUAAUGCAGUCCAGAACAAUAUUACUAUAUGUCUGUUAGUUUUCAUAGCUGUGUAGAAAUUCUUUGUGUGCAUAUACUGUUUGGAAAACUCUGCCCCUAUCGUGAAAGCUCUCUUUCCCUCCCCCACAAAAAGGCUCCCUUAUCUCUCACUCUACAUACUGCUCUGGCCUUCCCGCCCGGCCGCAGCCACCUCCCGCCUGGCAACCAGCUGACCAAUCACCGCCUGCCUCAUCAGCACUCCCCAGCUUCCCGCUGCCCGGCUUCCCCGCCCGGCAUUUCAAACUGACCAACCGUUGCCCGCCACCUCGGUUCUCUCAGCUUCCCCACUCCCUCAGCCCUUCAGCCCCCUAUAAAAGAACUCUGCUCCUCUGAGCGGCGUGGCCAUUUUCCUCUUCUUCCCAGCUGGUCCGCCUGGAGGCUCUUUCCUCUCAAUAAAGCCUGAACUUAAGACUUUCUUCUAACCUGCGGUCCGGUUUUUUUCUGAACAAGCUCUGUCUUCCCAUAGAGGGUAGGUUGGACAAGUGGUGCCGAAACCUGGGAGCUGGGGCCAUUGGCCCGGCCACAGCCCCCUCCCCUGACCUACCCAACACUGGCCCUGCCACCUCCACGCUCCGAUUAAGGUAAGCCAAGUUUAUUCUUGCUUUACCUUCCCCCGCUUCCCUUCUCCUCCUCCUACGGCAUGGUGCAGUUGCUCCCCUCCGGCGUUCCGCACGGACUCCUCGCCUAGUCUCGGCCGAGCCAAGGAAGUCCUCCAUUCCGGCUCCAGGAGCCUUCCAAGGGGUAGCUGCCAGACGGGGGACGCCCCUCUGACCGCUUCCCUAACCAUACUUAACUGUACUCCGGGGAAUUUGCAACAAAAGGGGACGCCUUUUCUUUGCAUCUACCCAACCGCGCCGGAGGGUCUGUAGCUACGCCCGCCAUCGGAAAUUCGGAGUCCAAAAUACCUUCUAGCACCCCCCUUGGGUGCUUGCUGCAAAAUUUUACCAAAUUGGGAUACUCCCAAACCCUCAGAAAGAAAAAGCUUGUCUUCCUGUCCCAGGUGGCUUGGCCCCAAUACAAACUCAGUAACCAGUCACAUUGGCCCCCGACUGGCACUUUCGAUUUCAACACCCUCUGAGAUCUCGACAAUUUUUGUCACCGCACGGGCAAAGACAAUGAAAUUCCUUUCGUUCAGGCUUUUUGGGACCUCCGUACCCGCCCUGACUUACGUUCUUCCUGCUCCACCUACCAAAUCCUCUUAGCUCGUACCCCUCGUAAAUCUUCCUCCACUACCUCUCCCCCUCCCUACUCCUCACCAGAAGAUCUGCCUGAACAUCUGUCCCCUCCUGCCAACCUCGGCAACCAGUCGCCAUCAACAGCACACCCUUCCCCCACUCCCUCUGCACCUCCUACCUCAGAGGCCAUGCCUCGCCCUUCCUCCACUCCCUCUGGGCCCCCUCCCUCGGAGGCCACACUUCCUCUUGCCUCCCCAGUGGCGGCCCACACCCGCUCUCACCAACCAACUAUCCUGGCCCCACUCCGAGAAGUAUCAGGCACUGAAGGCUUAGUCAGGGUCCAUGUUCCUUUCUCACUCCAAGACCUGUCCCAAAUUGAGAAACAUUUAGGAUCCUUCUCAGCCGACUCGUCCACCUAUAUUAAGGAAUGCCAAUACCUCACUCAAGCCUACAGCCUCACGUGGCAUGAUAUUCGCGUUAUCUGUACCUCCACCCUCACUGCAGAAGAGCAUGAGCGCAUCCUAGCGGCAGCCAGACACCAAGCAGAUAAAGAUCAUGCUAUAGAUAACCAGAUCCCCCUAGGCCCCGAAGUAAUCCCAAGUGAAGACCCCCAAUGGGACUAUCAGGCCCAAGAGAGACCACAUGAUUAGAUACCUCCUCAGGGGAAUGGAUACUGUAUCUAACAAAGUUGUAAACUAUGAUAAACUAAGAGAAGUCACCCAACUACCCGAUGAAAACCCUGCCCUGUUUCUCACCCGUCUUCAAGACGCCCUUACCUGCUUUACUUGCCUAGACCCAGCCUCACAAAACGGGGCGUCUGUCCUAGCAUCUCAUUUCAUAUCUCAGUCCGCCCCUGAUAUCUGGAAAAAACUGAAGAAGGUAGGAGAUGGCCCCGAAACCCCUAUACAGGACUUGGUAAAAAUGGCCUUUAAAGUAUUCAAUGCCAGGGAAGAUGCGGCUGAGGCUGCCCGCCAAACUCGCAUGAAGCAGAAAGUCACUCUACAGACCCAAGCCCUAGUAGCGGCCCUUCGGCUGGCAGAAAUAACAAGGGUAAAGCAAAUACCCGCACCCCUCCAGGGGCGUGUUUCAAAUGUGGAAAAGAAGGGCACUGGUCAAAAGCCUGCCCCCAGCCACCCCUAUUUGUCAGCUCAUGGGACACUGGAAGUCGGAUUGCCCUAACUCACCUCAGGCCUCAGUUCCUCAAAACUCUGGCACGAGGGGGCAGCAGGGUAACAUCCCCUGGAGCCAGGCUUCUGCCUUAGCUGGUCAGGAGCCAGGCAUUCAGGAAUCUCCAAUCCCAAAGCUGUUAGGGUUCAGGGAUGAUUAACAGGGCCCUGGCUCCUCAACCGCAGUUACCCUUGCUGAGCCCAGGGUCAUGCUUCAGGUAGUGGGUGAGAGCGUACACGGGGGCUACCUACUCCGUUCUUCCCUCCUUUUCAGGCAAAUCCACCCCUUCCCAGGUCUCUGUUAUAGGAAUUGAUGGGUCCCCCUCCACUCCUCACCAAACCCCACCCUUAACCUGUCUGUUUGGCCCUUCCAUUUUUACCCACUCCUUUCUAGUCAUUCCCUCUUGCCCUGUACCUCUCCUAGGGUGAAAUAUCCUAGUAAAAUUGCAAGCUACCAUUACUUUUCCACACACAGAGACCUUCCUCUUACCCCUCAUCACCAACUCACCUUCCCCCCUUCCUCCUGCCGAACUCCUCCCUGACGUAAAUCCCAAAGUAUGGGAUACUGAUACCCCCACUGUAGCCUCAAACCACCAACCCAUACUCAUACACCUAAAAGACCCCACAGCCUUCCCUUCUCACCCUCAGUUUCCUAUCUCCAAAGUUCACCGUCUCGGCCUCCUACCUAUCAUAAAUAAACUAAAAGCUCAAGGACUACUCAUUCCUGCAAACUCCCCCUGCAACACUCCCAUUCUGCCUGUGAAAAAGCCCUCAGGUCAGUACCGCCUGGUUCAAGACCUCCACCUUAUCAAUGCAGCAGUCAUUCCAGUCCAUCCAGUAGUCCCCAACCCCUAUACCAUCCUCUCACAUAUCCCACUUUUCAGUCCUAGAUCUUAGGGAUGCUUUUUCUCUAUCCCGCUACACCCCGACUCCUACUUCCUCUUUGCUUUUACCUGGAAAGAUCCUGUCACCAAUCUGUCUCAACAGUUAACGUGGACGGUCCUCCCUCAAGGCUUCCGGGACAGCCCCCACCUGUUCAGCCAGGCCCUGGCGACAGACCUGCAGCAAUGUAACAUCUCCCCUUCUUCCUUACUCCAGCUGGAUCCAAGCUUUCCCCACAGCUUAUAAAACCGCAGGAGUUGUAGCCGAGCACCUCAUCCAGGACAUCAUUCCCCGAUUCAGCCUUCCUUCUACCAUCCAGUCAGACAACGGACCUGCCUUUAUUUCUAAGAUCACCACUGCCGUUUCCACAUCCUUAGGGAUUCAGUGGAAACUGCAUGCAGCCUACCAUCCCCAAUCCUCGGGCCGCCAUCGACAAUUCUGCAGAAUCUUUAGCCUCUCUCCAAAGACAGAUCACCUCAGUGGCUCAAGUCGCCCUACAAAAUCGCCGGGCGUUAGACCUCCUCACCGCCGAGCGAGGAGGAACCUGCAUCUUCCUACAAGAAGAGUGCUGCUACUACAUCAAUGAGUCCGGCCUAGUAGAAACCCGAAUCGAGAACCUCCAGAAACUUAAAGUUAACCUGCAGAAUCAAAAAUUCUCAGCUGAAGCCACAGCACAGUGGUCUUCCUCUGUGUAUACCCUCUUGUCCCCGUUGCUUGGGCCCCUGAUAGCCGUUUGCCUAAUCUUACUUAUCGCUCCUUGUUUUCUACAGUUCCUACAGCGGCGCUUUCAGGAACUAACUCGAGUCACCAUCCACCAGAUGCUGCUCCGACCUUACCCCGAACAGGUGCUGGAAGCGGACCCCUCCCCGAACAUCCAGGCUCCUUAGGAAAAGAAACCUCUUCAGAACCCCCCGUCGACCCUUGUCAGCAGGAAGUAGCCAGAGAGACAACCGACGCCCCUGACCCCCUCUCUUCUUUUCUUUAAGGAGUCGGGAAUGUUUGGAAAACUCUGCCCCUAUCGUGAAAGCCCUCCCCCUCCCACACAAAGGGACUCCCUUCUCUCUCACUCUACAUACUGCUCUGGCCCUCCCGCCGGCCGCAGCCACCUCCCGCCCGGCAACCGGCUGACCAAUCACCGCCCGCCUCAUCAGCUCGCCCCAACUU